AUGGCUACCAAGUCACCCAUCUCCGUGAUUUGUGGGUACUCUGCGGACAGAGUGAGCGCGGUUCAUGCUGUAGAUAUUGAAUACGCUGACUACUAUGGCAGAUCUAGCUCAGUCAUCACAGGACAGGGUGCAAUGAUGACUGCUUGGAUUGUGAUACUUCACCUAUCAAGAUUGGAAACAUCAGACAAGCUGAUUGAAGAAUCUAAGCAUCAGAUAAGCAAGCAUUCUUGUACGAAAGAGUCAAACAAACCUUCAAAGAAUAGGGGGUUCACCCGUCGUGCAGCCAGGCGUAAUCUUCUCGAUUCUAUUUGUAAGAUUCUCACAUUUGUCAGAAAUUUCGAAGGAAAUCCUAGCGCCUAUGGCGACAGCGCCCCAUCAGCGCCAACAUUAACUCAGACCUGCGUAUCGUUAUAUCAGGGAGCACAGGGUGUCUGUCCUAUUGUUGGACAUGCCGCUUGCAUCCUGAACGACUGGCAGUAA